AUGACCUUCACAUCAGAGGAAAUCGACAAAUUUGGUGCUGCAUUAAAUGACGUGAAAAAUCCACUCAAGGCAAGAUUUCGAGCAUUGUUCAUUUUGAGAAAUAUUGGAUGUGAUCGAUCAGUUGAAUGGAUUGGUGAAUGUUUGAAUGUACGUUGUUUCUUUAGCCUCAGCUAUGACCGCUGUAACCUGACUGUACAAUAUGAGAAGGUGUUUAUACAAUGAAUGGCCUCACCUUCUUCUUUUUGUAUAGUAAAGCUAAAGCUGCCAACGUUGAGACGAGAAUCUCAUACAUCUACAAAAAAUUGUUUCAGGACGAAUCUGCUCUUCUCAAGCAUGAACUUGCAUAUUGUCUUGGUCAAAUGCAAAACCCAAGUGCCAUUCCAACCCUUGUCAAAACUCUAGAAGAUGAAAAACAAGAGCCAAUGGUUCGUCAUGAAGCAGGAGAAGCACUUGGUGCAAUCGCUGAUCCCUCAGUUAAACCAAUUCUCGAAAAAUAUGCAAAAGAUUCGUGCCCUGAAGUUGCAGAAACUUGUCAAAUUGCAUUGGAAAGAGUUGAAUGGGUUGAAAAAAGUGGGGAGAAAACAAACAGUCCUUAUGAUUCUGUUGAUCCAACACCUUCUGCUUCAACUAGUGAUGUGAAGGAAUUGGCAGCGACAUUGGUGGAUAGUUCGAAAACACUUUUCGAUCGAUAUCGUGCAAUGUUCAGUCUUCGAAAUCUCAACACUGAUGAAUCUAUCAAAGCAUUAGCUCAAGGAUUAUAUUGUGAAGAUAGUGCAUUAUUUCGACAUGAGGUCGCUUAUGUUCUUGGACAAGUUCAAUCACCUGUUGCAAUUCAAGAACUCAAAGAUCGAUUGUUGCUUCCAAGUGAAAAUUGUAUGGUUCGUCAUGAAUGUGCAGAAGCUCUUGGUGCAAUUGCAACUGAAGAAUGCACUAAUAUUUUGAAGGAAUAUGUGAAUGAUGAAGAAAGAGUUGUUCGCGAAAGUUGUGAAGUUGCUCUAGAUAUGGCUGAAUAUGAAAACAGCGAUGAUCUUCAAUACGCAAAAGUUUAG